AUGCCGCAAGACUUAUCGGUUGAGGACCUUGAGAUGUGGACAAACACUAUAAGCAGCCUUCAUAAGCACAAUCAUUACCCUCACAACGACAGACAGGCUGCUUGUCAUCUGCUGAGGUUGUGGUGGGUCUCGAAGAUCUCUAUGAUAAGAACCAGAGUUGGGACUAUCGUGGACACCCCACGUUUCCGCAAUGACUUGCCCCUUGGCGCCGACGGGGUUAGGGGAAACUCCGUGGGGUUGAAGUCGGCCGAUACUAUUAGGGGUAUCGACCCCAUAGCUUCUUGUCAAUUACUCCUUCAAGUAGAGAAGGAGAUGGAUUUUCAGGCUCACCGAGAGCCAUUGAGACACCGACCAGAUCCUCGAAGGGCCAGACCAGGGCAGAAUAGCCAGAACAGCCCGAUCAGCCAGCUCAUGGAGGGGAUUAAGGUUCGUCCGAAGGGCGUGUCCGGUGAUGCCGGCAGCCCGCGUGUGCGGCGCGACCGAAAGAAGCUGAUCUGCGUUGGCUCACCUGCAUUUGCAUUCUAUCUACUACCUUCACCGGAAUUCCCGCCACCGCGGUUCAUCUUCCAAUGGGUCGGAAUGGAGCCAAUUGUCCGUCGACUCCUCCCUCCUUCUUUGUGCUCCAACUGGGGCCCCCGAUCCACCAUGGAUCCAGUCCGCGGCUUGCUUGGACAGCACCGGUCCGAAAAAGCAAGGCUACCGGUCCAUAAUCCAUCUAUUCGAGGCUAUUGGAAGUUUACAACGCCACCGCAUGAUGUAAUACUAUUCCCGGCAGACUCGGCGGCGAUCAGAGCGAUCGGCGGUCAAAACCGGCGGUGA